AUGCCGCACCACCAUAGACACCGCCAACAUGUUGAGCUCGAGAAGCGCCAGAGACUCACGGAUGGAAUCAUCAGUAUCAUUGGCAACUUGCGGCCAAAGGAUGACACUGUAGUCUCUACUAUCUAUGUCACCGCCAAACCAACCUUUGAUGGUCCGAUCGGCGGCUAUUCCACUGAAGGGAGGCCCGGCUCUACCGCGAAUGUUGCACCUCCAAUUCAGAAUACGUCCCCGUCAGACGACGACGAACCAACUACUACACGGAGACCGCCGCCCAGGCCGACUUCAACCUCGACUCCAACUCCAACUUUGGCUCCAACUUCGUCAUCUCCCACUCCUCCUAGCUCGCGGCCGAAAUUGUCUUCUACUGCGCCGUCCCCAACAUCUUUUGUUACAUCAGCCCCAUCCACGUCACAAUUGAUUGCGAGCUCCACAGCCUCCAACGAUGCAGCGGGGUCUUCCGGCUCCCCAACCCCUUCUGCUACGGAUGUUCCAGCCCCAGGAAUGUCCACCGGUGCAAAGGCGGGUCUCGCAAUCGGAAUUCUCGCCCUAAUCGGUCUUCUUGCGGGUGUUGCGUUACUUUUCAUCCGUAAGAAGAAAAAGAAGAAUGAAGCCGCGGAGGCACUAGAUAAUGAGAAGCCGGCUCCGCCACCGCCAAUGAUUAAUACAUAUGCUCCACCAGCCCCACAAUCGCAGAUGGCCCAAACUGUUCCCCCACAACUGAAUAUCCGACCGGUGACUGAGUUUUCUCCCGAUCUAACUGGACAUUCGGCGAACGGUCAGAAUAUGGCGGCCGGCGCCGGUGCUGGUGCUGUUGGAGCCCGUAGCCUUACUGGACAACACAACAUCUCUCCUCCUAGGACGGCAGAUAGCACAUCGAAUCCUUUCAAUGACCCUGUCAAUCCAUUCGAGCCGCGAUCUGAUGCCUCAUCCCCAAUGUCUAGCCCUGUACAACCCGUUCUAGGAUCAGGUGGCGGCCGAACUCCAAGCCCAGAGUCCCUAAACACUGGAGCUGCUGCCGCUGGAGCUGCCGCGGCUGCUGUUGGUGUCGCUGCAGUUGCUACAGGCGCAGCAGCUAAGGGCCAUAGUGGCAAGCCACCUACCCUUCAACAUGUUGCCGGCCCUCCUCCUGGUUGGUCCAAAGACGCAGCUCCCCCAAGUCCAGCAAGGAGCUUAGAUUCUGUCUCUGUCACUUCCGCUACGGCUGCGGCUGUUGCUACUAGUGGUCCGGGCCCGAAUAACGUCCAUCGUGUCCAGCUCGACUUCAGCCCUUCGAUGGAUGACGAGCUUGAGCUCCGAGCUGGGCAACUCGUACGCCUGCUUCACGAGUAUGAUGACGGAUGGGCUCUUUGUAUUCGACUUGACCGAUCUCAGCAAGGUGUUGCCCCUAGGACUUGUCUCUCUGCGAGACCAGUAAAACCACGACCACGUAACGGCCCUGGCCCUCGUGGUCCCCCGAUGAUUCGCGAUCCAAAUGGUCGACCAAGCUCUCCUGCCGGCGGGCGUAAUUCUCCUGCUCCUGGCCCGCAACCGACCGGACCUCUGCCAAAUGCCCCUCCUCGAUUCUCACCACAGCAAAAUGGCCCCCCUUCUCCCACUUCAGGCUACCGCCCAUAUAAUCCAAACGCUUCUGCGCCGCCUGCUCAAUUUCCGGAAGUUCCACGCACUGCAUCCCCCGGCCCUAGCCCUCGUAUCCCGCAGCCAAGAUCCAUGAGCCCUGGUCCAUACGGAGCCGGCGUUGAGAGACCUCAAAUGCCCGAAGCUCAGCGAAAACGAAGCAAUAGUUCUGCCGGCGCAGCUGGACGACUGCCUCCUUCCAAUCCAGGCCCAAGUGCCCUUGGCGCUGUCCAAACUGUUGAACCAAACAGUGAACCGGCAAACAAGCCAAUCGAGCCCCCAACUGAACAGCCAGCUGAGCCAGUGUCUCAGCCGCCAGCUGAAACCCCAGUCGAAAAGCCAUCUGAGAAACCAGCGGAGAAACCCGCUGACAAGCCCGCCGAUGACCCUGUGAGAAGCCCAUCUCCAACACCGGGGACUGCUGAUCGCAAACCUGUCACCGGUAACUCCAGCUAA